AUGCCACUCAAAUCUUCCUCUCCAGAAAGGUCCUUGGUCAAAGGCCAGCACCACAAGCGCAUGCAGUCACUACAGCCUGAAGAUACCCGACAAGAUGCGCGCAGCGACUUCUUGAAUUAUCUUGAGAACAGAUCCCCAGAGCGCCCCCUUCGUGCGACGAUUAUUGAGGCAGCCAAGCCGCGCGAUCCUACCAAGUCCAUCAGUUCGCCAGUGCUCCGUCAAGACGCGGACCGGGAGAUGAAUUACUCCGUGUCGAGUCGUUACUUAUCCAAGCCAAUAUUGGGGGAGAGUACUCCGCCUUCAGCUACAAUGUUAGCCCUGCAAAACAUGCAACUACCUUUAGAACCUGACCCUCCAUCACCGUCUAAACCGCCAAAAUUGGCCGCUGCCCCGUUUGAGCAGCAACAUGUUCCCGCGAGUAAAGCAAGCAUGGAUUCCCUCUCAUACCAAAUUCACAGCCUCACCGACAUUGCAAGCGGUCUGCAGCGCGAGAUGAUGAAUUUGAGCCGACGCAGCAAAGACAAUGCCACCGACCUGGUUAGCCUCAAGGCGGCAACCAACGCCCGCGACGAAGACAUUCGAAAGAGUCUUAAGGACCUGUCUUCUCAUCUUACAACCAAGUAUUUGGACCCUCUUGCUUCAAGGUUUGAUUUCAGCAAUCUUUUCAAGGGUGAUGAUGGGCCUAACAACCAUAAUCCGGAUAGUCCCGCUUCGAAGAGGAGCUACUCCGUGCCUCGCAUGCCCAGCCCCAAUCCAUUCGCAUUUGAUCGUGACUCUUGCAUCUCACCUGACCCGAUUUCCGAUGGCUCUGCAGCCCUCGCUUUGCUCGAAAAGGUAUUGCGCGAGAUGGCAACUAAGGAAGGUGAGCAGAGGCUCUUGGACCUCGUUGAAGAAAUCAGAUCUCGACCUGCACCUACCGGCUCAGACAAAGAUGCGGAUAACAAAGUCACUGUCAUGCUCGAGGAGAUUCUCAACCUCGUCAAAGAGGAUCCUUCGAGUAAAGCCCUCGUCCGGUCUUACAGCAUGGCUGCCAAUCUUGACGAUAUCGAAUCUCGGAAUACCUCCCCCGAGCCAACACAAUUUGGUUCAACGAGAUCUGUGGAUCAUGAAAAUGUACGUGCGCUAGACCUUUCCAAUUGUGACAAAGGAGAUGGUUCUUCACCCCAUGCGGGUGAAGUUUUGGAAAUUCUUAGGAGUGUGAAGAAUAGCGUCGUCGAGGGAGGUGGGAUGACCAACGGUGUGAAGUCCCUGGUACGCGAACUACGAGGUGAGGUCCUGGGCAUGGGUCGAGAACUCGGCCGGCGAUUAGAUGAGAUCGAGAGUUCCCGUGCCAGUGACGAGCCUGAGAAGGAACCCAAAGCUGUCGGCACAGAAGAAAUAUCUGCCAUCGUCAACCGCAGCCUGGACGACCUCAAAGAGCAGCUGGCUGCUACUAUCAACGAGAGCCGGCAGCAAUCGUCCGACUUGUCCGAGUUUCGAUCAACUAUGAACAGUGCCGCAAUCUAUUCUGUUGUGAAAAAAGCUCUCGACGAACUUGAACUUCCCCAACCUCAAGCUAAGUCGCAAGUUGCUGAGAUGGACAGAGAAGACAUCCUCGAAACUGUGCGUGAAGCUUGGGAGACUUAUAAGCCCGAAAUCGAAUUCAACAACUUUGGCUUGGAACGAGACGAAAUCCUCACGUGUCUUGAAGAAGGGCUCAAGUCCUACCAGCCCCAGCACGAACAGGCAGUCACCUACGAGCAGGUUCUUGCAGCUGUCGAAGACGGCAUGCAAAAGUUCAUCCCCCCGCAAAUUGAGCAUCCGCCAAGCAUAUCUCGGGACGAGAUCAUCUUGACCAUCCGCGAAUGUUUGGAGAAGCAGCCCGACCCUGCCUCCAGACCCCUUGACGAGGAACAGGUCGGCCAUCUUCGUUCAAUGCGAGACGAAAUUCUUGAUGCUAUUUCAAAAGCCAUGGCUAGUCAUAACGAAGGUUCGAGGUCCCUGGACGAAGAACACGUCAACCACCUCUAUGAAAUACGAGAUGAAAUUCUCGAUGCGGUCACUGGGACGAUGGCAGCCAACAACAUGCAUCCCAAGUCUUUGGACGAGGAUCAUGUCAAACACCUCUACUCUGUUCGUGAUGAGAUCAUUGAAGCUGUCACGGGAGCAAUGGCAAGCCACAGCAGCUCCAGGCCUUUGGAUGAAGACUGCGUCGGCCAACUGAACUCUAUCAGGGACGAGAUCCUUGGCGCAUUGGCGGGUUCAAUGGCACAAAGUACACUGAGCAAGGAGUCAUAUGACUCUGGUCUCGGCCGUGAUGAGAUUGUCAGUGCUGUCUCCGAUGGUCUAGAAGCCCAUUUCACUACAGUCAAAGAGAUGAAUGAGCCACGAAUUUCUCGCGAUGAUGUUAUGGACGCUGUCAAAGAAGCCUUUGAUGUUCAACAAUCAGCUCUUGCUCUUGCCCAAACGAAUGUAUCCCGUGAUGAAAUUUUGAACGCCAUUGCUGAGGGCAUUCGAAGCUCAAUGAAUGCGCAGCAGUCGGCUCUCAGUACCAAGGUUCAGCAAAACGUCUCUCGUGAAGAGAUUUUUAGCGCCAUCGUGGACGCUAUUCAGCACUCGCGGUCUUCCCUUCAUAACAAAGGGGAACCUAGUAUCUCCAGAGACGAAAUCUUGAACGCCAUUGCCGAUGGCAUCGAGAACUCAAAUAAAUCCUCUUCGAGGGCUCUCAUACCGUCCGAGCAAGUUGGUCGGGAUCACCAAUCGACUCUUUCCCGGGAGGAAAUUUUCAACGCAAUUUUCGAAGCCAUUGAGCACUCUCACGCCUCGCUCGGCACAAAUGGCCGGCUCAGUGUUUCCAAGGAGGAUAUCUUGAGUGCUAUCGCUGAGGGCAUUGAAGCCUCGACAAGUAGCCAGCAGUCAGCACUCAGCACCAACAUCCAAGAGCCGUCCAUCUCACGCGAGGAAAUUUUGACUGCCAUUGCAGAAGGCAUCCAAAAUGGCAACUCGAUCACCCGGGAGAUCGAGCUGAACCAGGAUGACCUAAUGGAGGCAAUCACCUCCAGCCUCAACGAGGCCAUAAUCACGACAAAUGCAAAUGUUGGAGGGGACAUGGCAGAACGCCUUCAGAAUUUAAUCGAAGGCAUGAAAGAGGAAUUGAGUCAGCACUCGGCCGCCGGUGGAAGAGACACUGAGCAAGUUUUGGAUGCACUCAAAGACGGACUCGAAAUCCUACGCAAGGAAAUUGAAACUAACGUGGUUGCCGCUGCCGAUCUUUCCGGUAAGGACGAAGUAAUUCACACAGUCAAAGAAGGUUUCAGACUUCUUCAAGCCGAUAUGGAGAGAACCAUUACGGAGACAUCUCUUUUGAAUGCGCCGCGAGGCAUUCCCGAUACACCUGAGCUUCUCGAUGCGAUGGAAAAAGAAUUCGAGCACCUACGGGGAACUAUCACCACUCUUCUCCUACGUAAUAAUGCCACCGAAGGCAAAGACGAAAUCUUGGAUGCUAUUCGAGAGAUUGCUGAUCGACACAAGAAUGACACCGGCGAUGAAGUUGUCAACGCGAUCAAGCAAGAGUUUGAGAGUCUGCGUGAGCGCAUGGAGAUGAGCAUCGUUCGUGCCGAGCCCGUUGUUGAGAAAGACGAAAUCAUUUUGGCCCUGCGUCAACACUUCGAUAACUUACGUGAAGAGACCUCGGCCAAAGAUAGUAAAGAAAAUGAUGUGCUCAACACUAUCAAGCAGGAAUUUGAGAAUAUUCGUGAGCGUAUGGAGAUGAGUGUGGUUCGUGCCGAGCCCGGUGCUGAGAAAGACGAAAUCAUUUUGGCCCUGCGUCAACACUUCGAUAACUUACGUGAAGAGACCUCGGCCAAAGAUAGUAAAGAAAAUGAUGUGCUCAACACCAUCAAGCAGGAAUUUGAGAAUAUUCGUGAGCGCACGGAGAUGAGUCUCGUUCGUGCCGAGCCCGGUACUGAGAAAGGCGAAAUAAUCUCAGCACUGCGCGAGCAUUUUGAUAUCUUACGCGAAGAGACCUCGCGUAGCGACGGUAGCGAACGCACGUUAUCCGCGACAAGUGAGCUCCUCGAUGCAUUCACACAUGGCGUUGACUCGAUCCGCGAGGACCUGAAGAUACUACUGGAGAAGCCAACCCAGUUCGACAGCUCCAAAAUUCUGGACACCAUGAAAGAUGGUCUUGCCGACCUGAAGCGUGAGAUGGAUUCUCUUCGUGGAUCUAGCAAAGAACUAGAUGAUGUCAGCACCGCUCCCGGUGGUGUACUUAUGCUUGCAAACGAGCCUUUCAACGGACCUGACAUUGACGGUCUAAAAUUACUCAUAACUAAGCUACACGACAAAAUCGAGGCCAUAGAAAAUGCCCCUCGUGUCGUGGAGACUGCCGAGGAUGCCCUUAAGCGCUCCCACCUGGAUGAAAUCCUCCUCGCGCUUCAUGAAGUUCAGCUCGCCAUGGGUGAGAUGAGUACUCAACAAAGUGCCGGCAAUGACAAUUCCGCUCGAAAGCAAGACACUGAAAUUCUGGAGCAGUUACUGUUGAGUACUAAGACCCAGAUCGAUGAGCUUGUCUUUCCUUCCCCGGAUCAGGUCGCCACCCCGGAGCAUAUUUCAGCUCUGGAAACCAUAAUCCGAGAGGCUAAGGAUUCGAUUGCCGAGUUUUCUCGUCGGUUCGAAGCCGAGGCUCCCACAAAGUCCGAGAUUGGCACUUUGGAGGGUCUCAUCAAAGAUGUCUGGGCUAUCCUAGAUGAGAUGAAGGGCAAAACCAAAGACGUCGAGGAAGAGGAAGAUCCUGAGAGAUUGCUCAAAUCCGAUCUGCAAAUGGUCGAAGCCAUGAUCUUUGAGGUCAAGACUCAAGUGGAUGAGCUCAAGCUUCCUGAUGUGGACACACUCCCCACCAAGACGGAUAUCCAGGAGCUAUCGACACUAGUCUGCGAUUUCCGAGAGCAGAUGGAGACCAACAACGAACUGACCGCCCAAGGUUUCGACGCCCGCAAGGUUGAGCACGGUGGCCUUGCCGAGAAAAUCGACGACGCCAAAUUUGUCGUCGGUGAACUGGGGGAUGAACUCAAGAGCAAGCUUGACGGCAGCACCGAAGGUCUGACUGAGCUUAAGCAGCUCCUCGAAGCACUAACAAUCACAGCAGAGCGCUUCUCCACCGUCAAUAAUAUAAAGGAGCUGACUGACCUUAUCAACCGAGAGUUCGAACGCUCUCGGGGUGAGGAAGAUGCGGUCAAGGUCGAACAAGAGGAGCGUGAUGCCGUUACACUGGCCAAACACGACGAAACCCGGGCCACCAUCAUCAUUGAGCUUGGAGCUAAGAUUGACGAAAAAAUUUCAGAGGUCUUAGCCAAGUAUGAAGAUGCGAGCACGUCCCUCCACUCGAAGUUCUCAGAAAUUGAAGAAAGAGACCUGGCACACACCGAAUCUUUAGCAAGUACAAGGAGUCUUGCUGAGGAAAUCAAGCUUGUCAUCGGUGCCAUGGGUGUUAGUGUUAAUGAGUCUUGUGAGCGGUUAAGUGUGGACACAAAAGCUCUCAUGGAACAAGUCGAUCACUCCCGUCAACAAAUGGAGAACAUUCACAACGAUGUGAAAUCGCAUCAGGAGCAAUCUCAAGCCGAAAACGAAAGGGCCGCGGCUGCCACUGAUCGAGUGGAGAGCAAGCUUCUUGAAUUCCACCCUCGUAUUCUUGAAUCUGUGCAGGAGAUUUUGACAAUUGUCAGCCAGCACUAUGAUCACUCCCAAAAAUCAGCAGAGGACUUCAAGACUGAACUGUCAGCGUUGCCCUCAAAUCUUCCCGCAAUGCUACCUGCGCUGCCUCCACCGGAACCGGAUCGUAUGCUUGCAAUAGAGGAUACUCCCUUACACAGCAAAAUCGAUGAUCUUUUGGAACAUGCAAAGAACAACAAGGUCCACGAGGUUUUGAACACUCUGCUUGAUCACUCAAAAAAUGACCAACUCCACAAGAAGCUUGACCGUGCUCUAGAUCAACAGUCAGGUUCGAAUGAUCAAAUCUAUGAGAAGCUAAGUGAGCUUCUAGAUCUCGCCACCAACGGGAGUGGUCCUAUUCAUGAGAAACUGGACGCAUUACUCAGCCGUCCUCUGAAUCCGCCAGAAUCCGAUCAUUCUGUUACCCAGAUGACAAAGCUGGAUGAGAUGCACAGGGAUAUCAUGGAAAACUCCCGCAGAAUGAAUGAGAUGUUUGCUGCUCAGUCAGUCCUGGUCGCUGAAGACACGGAGCGAAAGCGACGCGAAGCUGAAGAGGCUGCGGUUGCCCUUGAACGGAAAGUUUCACAGCGUGAACAAGUGGAAGCGGAGCUUGUUGGCUUGCAUGAAGAAAAGGAUUCUAUGCUGAACAUGAUUCAUCGCCUAAGAGCGGAGAAGGAAGACUUGAUUAAGCAAAACAACAAGCUCAGCAAGGAUCUGUCUGGUCUUGAAACGGCCCUAGAGAUACGCCACGAAGAGAUGCGACAGAUGGAGGACCGCGCGGAUGGCCUCGAGAAACGCAUUCUGGAGGGUGUGCUCGACCAUGCUCGUACAGUCCUCCUUGGGCGAUCAAACAGCUCGCAUGCCAUGAACCUGAAGAGGAACCGCAGCACUCGGAGUACCCGUUCCUCACGCACAGGCGCCCGAAGUCCUAGCGUGAUGAGCAUUGCCAGCACUGCAAAAGAGCCCAAGGACAGUCGCAGUCUGCUUGAGAACGGUGUUGGGAUGGCUUUGAAAAGAAUGCCGACCUCACUUCAAGCUGGCACAGUCGCUGUGCAGCCCAACAUCGGUAAAGAACGUCGGAUUCUUAGCCUGAGUAACGUCACAGGCAACCGCGGCGUGGACCGACAGGUGAGCGCUAAAUCUGGCAUCACGAACUUGAAGCGCAGCCAUUCUGUCAAAUCGAACUCUCUUCGCAAUACUUCUUGGGCCGGCUCAAUCUCUGUUGCCGACAAAGAGAACCAGCCAUUCGACGAAGAGGACGAGCUUGCCAGCGACGCGGAAGAUGCUAGCCAACAGCGCAAGACUAGUUACGCGGAAAAUCACACACCUACCGAUCGUAAAAUAAGCUACGCAGAAUCCAACAUUGCCACUGAAACUGAACUCAACCAUGCCCCGAGCAACGCUGCAACUGACCGGCGAACAAGCUGCGCAGCAAGUCAUGCAGGCACGGAGCGCAAGACAAGCUACUCUGGCAGUAUCGUGGACAGUGUGAUUACAGAUGCCACCGAUCAGCGUCGUGUUAGCGGAGUGAGCUCCACAAGCUCAUACCGUGUGGCGGAGAGCUCAAUCGCUAAGCGCGACCACGAGGACCACCAUGAUGAGAUCUCCAUCGAUGGCUCCGAAUCAGAAGAUGAUGCGCAGACAGCACGUGAGAAUGGAGAGAAUGCUGGCGAUGAGCAUCAAAAUGAGGAUCAUGACAUGUCUCGCCACAUCAGGGAAGCCAAUAAGGCUGCCGAAGCCGAAGUUCGCAAACUCUUGGCUCCCUCUAGUGACAGCGGACUUGGCACUGAUGUUGCAGUUUGA